AUGUAGCCGUGAGAACGAGAGGGAAGAAGACAUGGACCAUGGUGGGUGGCGUGCGGAUAUUUAAACUGGCCGUAGGUAUGGCUGACGGUCUGGGUUUCUUGGUAUACGUAUGGAGGGGUGGAUAAGAAUACGAGUGGGUGUGGUGGGUGGGUAUGCAGUUGUUUCCUGCACAGGUGGAGGAGGACUCGCGGAGGAGGAGGGGCGGUUCAUAGGACCCUGCUUGCUUUGCGUACCUCUGGCGUCCAUGGAAAGCAGGGACUGGGCUGCGGGCUGCUGGGCGGAGGAUCGCCGGGUGUUCGUCACGCAGAGGUCAGUCUUGGACUGCACUCUUGGUCCCGGAUCAUCGGGCGGGUCGGAAGUGCACUAGGAAGGCACGCUAUCGGACACCACGUCACCACCGCACCGGAAUAACUCUGCU